GAUCAGUAGUUUGGACACGUAUUUCGGUAAAAAUAUUAAUUGUAUGAUAUUUUAUUUCCAAUGGUAAAAGGUUACUUUUAAAUGGAAGUAUAUUGUAAAAACUUAUAUGAAGAUCAGAAUCGAUGGAAUUGGUCAACUAGCGCUUGAGACUUUGGUUUUCUAUGAACACUGUAGCUCAUUGUAAGUUAUUUUCGAUUUUUACCAGAGGUCUUCUUUACUCUAUUUCAAAAUGGCAGCAUCAGCAGUGUUUGCGGAGGAUGAGUUAGGAAGAAAAUGGGACAGGUGUUUAACAGACGUCGUGUUAAAGACGGGAGGAGGAAUUCUUAUUGGUGCAGUUGUAACAACCAUAUUUUUUAAACGAAGAAGUUGGCCUAUAUUUCUUGGAGCAGGUUUUGGAAUAGGAAAGGCAUAUAGAAAUUGUGAACUUGAUUUGAAUAGUACGCUAUCCGAUUCUACUUCAAAACAGAGCAAGGCAAAUAAAUGAUCAUGGAAGUGACCUUCGCCAUUAUCAUCCAAGAAGUCUCUGCAAAAUAAAUUUCUUGUCCAGAUGACUUUGUUGGCGAAACAUAGCCCUGUGUAGUGCUUCAGUUAAUAAGUAGAAAUGGAACUGUAUAAAAUUUGUAUUUUUCAUUUUGGUACUUUUUACUGUUUCCUGUUGCAUAUUUGAAAUCACAUUGUAAAGAGAGCCUUGGGCCUUUUGCUAUUGUAAAUACAUGCUUUAAACCUUAAAGCCAUCUCAUGAUGUACAGUUGAAUGCAACGUAGAGACUCUUCCAGUUGCAGGUCGUUUCCUGCUUUCAUAGUCCACUGGCUAUGUAGCGAACAUGUUCUGCCUGUGACUGUAGGCUUUUUUUAGCUGUUUUGACCAGGUCUCCAAUAGUUUGUGGAUGGAGUUGCAUUAAGUGUGAGGUAUCCAUGACACUGAUUAUCUUUGUUUAGUUUGCCAGUGAAUGAUGAUGUGAAAUGCAUGUUCAGUGAGAAAAACAUCCAUGGGUGUAUUUAUUUCUUACUUUCUUAUUGAUGAAGAUUCUUUGCAUAUUUCCAUACUUCAUUGACCUUUAUGUUCUUUAUGGAAAUUAGGUGAUGCAAAGCAAAUAACAUCAUUUAUGUGUAGGAAAUGAUCUACCAUUCUUUCAGACAAUUAUAAAACCAUCUGUGCUACAUAAAUAUAUAGGUACUCCAUCAGUAACAAUUGACACAAGUUCCCAGAGUCCAUUCGCAGAAGGUUACUGUAUCAAGAUUUAAGAAGCAUCUUCUCUGCUCAUAGAAAGCUUUCUGUCUGUUAAAUUAUCACAGAAAACAUGUUGACAUUCAUCUUCUAAGCAGAAAGGCCAUGUGGACCUGUAGGUUAGAUAUCAUUUCAGAGCAAUAUACUGCCUCAACCUUUGAAGGUAUUAUCACAGUAUUUGCCUCGGACUGAAGAAACUAAAAAACUCAGAAUAACUGAUUUCUCAGCUGCGAGAUUUUGUAUAACAUCAGUUCCACAAUGCUUUGCUGAUGUGGGCCUUGGAGAAUAAUGUAGCAUAUGAAGAUUUCCGUCUUCUGGGUUGUUGCGCUGUGUAGUCUGGUCGAUGUUAACCAACGUUUCAGAGGUCAUACUGCCUCCGUCAUCGCCCUGACACAGCGCAACAACCCAGAAGACGGAAAUCUUCAUACUCACCGCUGUGAAAACCUCAAAUCUUACAAUGUAGCAUAUACUAGAAUCAGAGGUAAAGGAAACAAAAAUUAC